AUGCUUACUGCCACGAACGAUAAUCAGGUGGAACCGCCGGUGUCGGGCGGAAAUCCGAAGAGUGCGCCAACGGUCAGCGUGGUGGACCUGCCACGCGUAGCCGACGCGACAGACGCAUCCGCCGCGCCGGCGCCGUUGCUGAACACAAACACCGCCAUCAAGAAGUUUUCCUGCUUGCAAAGCCUGCGGUUUGACGCUCUCAUGUCCGCAGCCGUCGUGGAGUUUAUUGGGACGUUUUUAUUGGUGCUAACCGUGCCUCUCAGCAUCACCCAGAAUGCAGAGAUGGCACCCAUUAGCAUUGGCUUCCUCCUCAUGUCGCUAGUCUUCUCUUUCGGCUACCUCAGUGGCGGUCACAUGAACCCAAUGGUGACCGUCUCCGUGUGGUUGGCCACCUCCAAAGGUGAGGGCUACGCCACCUUCAACAAGCGCCGACUCAUCAUGUACGUGGUCGCGCAGAUGGCGGGUGGUGUGGCAGCUGCCUUCUACUGCAUGCUGAUCAGCGGCCGGGACUUCCCGGUGCCGAACAUGGGGCGAAGCUUCAACAGGAUGCUGCGCGGCUUCCUUGCCGAAAGUGUGUUUACGUUUGUUCUCUGCUCUGUUGUCCUGCACGUCGCGAUCAGUCAGCAGCGCAACAACAACUUCUACGGCUUCGCCAUUGGCUUCUCGGUGCUGUGUGGAGGCUUGACGUGUGGCCCGAUUAGCGGUGGUGUCUUCAACCCCGCUGUGGCUACCCCUCUCAUUGUGGUGAGGUGCUUAUUCUCUUUCAACGAGUCUGCGUGCACACCGAUGGCAUCCCUGUGGGUCUACUGGGCCUCUGAGGCGGUCGGGGCAGUGUGUGCGUCGAUCAUGUACCUGGCGCUGCAGAACUUGGGGGACGAGGUCUAA